UUCUCCUUCUCCUUCUCCUUCUACUCUCUCUCUCUCUCUCUCUCUCUCUCUCUCUCUCUCUCUCUAACUUGGUUCUUUUUUCUGAGUGUCUUAGACACGAGAAGGAGAAAGAAAUGGCAUCCAGCUCAAUGCGAAGUUCGACUUCUUCAUGGACUCCCAAACAGAACAAACAGUUUGAGAGGGCAUUGGCCUUGUAUGAUAAGGACACCCCCGACCGCUGGCAGAAUGUAGCAAAGGCGGUGGGCGGGAAAUCCGCAGAUGAGGUGAAGAGGCAUUACGACAUCCUCAUAGAGGAUCUCAAGUAUAUCGAGUCGGGCCAAGUGCCCUUCCCUAAUUACAGGUCCUCUGCUGGUAGCAAAGGAAGCUCUUCCUUUGAUGAAGAGGAAAGGCUUCUCAAAUACUUAAAGCUCCAAUGACCGAUGCUUCCUAUAAGAAGAAAAGAGAAGCAGCAGAGGUAUAAAAUAGCAGAGUAUCUAUUAAUGGGCCAUGAUCCAACUCCCUAUUUCUCCUCCUAUUUAUGUAUGAAAGAUGAACCGUUAAACACUCCAAGUUCUCCUUCUUCCUCAUGAAUGAAAUUUGUAAUUUCAAAGAUGCAUUAUGUGAAGAAAUUUUCAUAUAA